AAUUAGUAUAAUGUUUUUUUAUUUUUUGUAUUAAAACUGAAAAUAAAUGUCCUGUCUGUCUGUAUUAUACUCUCUCUUUCUAUCCGCUUAGCUUCUGUGCUUUCUAUGAUUCCCACUCAUUUUUCUUCUAAACAGUACAAAAAGAGAAAACAAGAGAAAAAAAUAAAGAAAAGAGAGAGAAAGGGUUAACGAAAACAGAAAACUGAAAAACUUGCCGCCGGCGUAUUCACGAACCGGAAUCUCUCCGGAGCUUAGUGAUUUACAGUCUGUUUCUUACUGAACAAACUACAGGAAACAUUAAUCGCCGGAAAAUGCAUUGAUUCUUGAGUUUCAUCUGAAAUAAUCGACAAUGAGCGACGCGGUUAUUUGUAAUGAAUCCGACGAAGUUGAUGCCACUGCGAAGAACAGCAUUCCGGAGCCGGAAAAGGAAAAUAGACAGUCUCCACCGGCGGUGAUUGCUGGAAGAAGCCGUUCUCAAGGAGGUGGCCGGAGAGUGACGCCGACGAGCUUUACGGUGGUUUCCGAUGGUAGAUCCGUUGUGGAGAGGGUGCUUCCUAACGGAGAUUUCUAUGUAGGAAGUUUCUCAGGUAACGUGCCGAAUGGAUCCGGUAAGUAUCUGUGGACUGACGGUUGUAUGUAUGAAGGAGAAUGGAAGCGAGGAAAAGCUUCGGGGAAAGGAAAAUUUUCAUGGCCUUCGGGUGCGACUUACGAGGGAGAGUUCAAGUCGGGUCGAAUGGAAGGGUUUGGGACUUUCGUUGGAUCCGACGGAGAUACGUACCGCGGGUCAUGGAGCUCCGAUAGGAAGCACGGGUUCGGUCAGAAACGUUACGCAAACGGUGAUUUGUAUGAGGGAUGGUGGAAGCGUAACGUUCAAGACGGUCAGGGGCGUUACGCUUGGAAGAAUGGGAAUGAAUACGUUGGAGAAUGGCGUAACGGCGUUAUUUCUGGUAAAGGUCAGUUAGUAUGGGUUAACGGAAACCGUUACGAGGGUCAGUGGGAGAAUGGUGUGCCGAAAGGACAAGGAGUUAUGAAGAUACAGCAUGGUUUGAAUUUCAAGGGUUCAAGUUAUGGUGGUGGUGGGGGAUUGUCGUGGAAUGACAGUUUUGCCCCUGUGAUGAUGAGGAAGCGUUCUUCUGUUGAUACUGUUAGUGCCAGAGGGAGUUUAAAUGAUAAGAGUUUCCCCAGGAUUUGUAUUUGGGAAUCUGAGGGUGAAGCUGGUGAUAUCACUUGUGAUAUUGUUGAUAAUCUCGAAGCAUCCAUGUUUUAUCGCGAUGGAACAGCGUCCGAGCCUGAUGAAUUUCGGAAACACCCUUGUUGUUUCUCUUCUGAAGUUAAGAGACCUGGUGAAACUAUUUCCAAAGGGCAUAAGAAUUAUGAGUUGAUGCUUAAUUUGCAAUUGGGGAUUAGGUACACCGUUGGGAAGGAAGCAUCUAAGUUGCGAGAGCUUAAACCUAGUGAUUUUGAUUCUAAGGAGAAGUUCUGGACAAAGUUUCCAGCCGAAGGAUCCAAAAUUACCCCGCCUCAUCAAUCUGCCGAGUUUCGAUGGAAAGAUUACUGCCCUGUGGUUUUUAGACAUUUGAGGAAGCUGUUUCAGGUUGAUCCUGCUGAUUACAUGUUGGCUAUAUGUGGGGAUGAUGCUCUCAGAGAACUUUCCUCUCCUGGGAAAAGUGGAAGUGUCUUCUACUUGACCCAAGAUGACAGAUUCAUGAUUAAGACAGUGAAGAAAUCUGAAGUCAAGGUCCUUCUUCGGAUGCUUCGAAGCUAUUACAAACACGUGUCUAAAUAUGAGAAUUCACUGGUGACAAAAUUCUACGGGGUACAUUGUGUUAAACCAAUUGGAGGCCAGAAGAUCCGAUUUAUUGUGAUGGGAAAUCUUUUCUGCUCUGAAUAUCCAAUUCAUAGAAGAUUUGAUUUAAAAGGAUCUUCACAUGGUCGUGCAACAGACAAACCUGAGGAUGAGAUUGAUGAAACUACCACCCUCAAGGACCUUGAUCUGAAUUAUGUGUUUCGGGUUCAAAGAAAUUGGUUCCAGGAUCUUAUUAAACAAAUUGAGCGUGAUUGCGAGUUUUUGGAAACCGAGAAAAUAAUGGAUUACAGUCUUUUGGUUGGACUUCAUUUUCGCGACGACAACACAUAUGACAAAAUGGGGUUGUCACCUUUUCUUUUACGCACUGGCAAUCAAGAUUCUUAUCAUAAUGAGAAGUUCAUGCGUGGUUAUCGCUUUCUUGAGGCAGAGCUGCAAGAUAGGGAUCGAGUUAAAUCUGGAAGGAAAUCAUUAAUUAGGCUAGGAGCCAAUAUGCCAGCAAGAGCCGAGCGACUAGCAAGGAGGAGUGAUUUUGAUCAAUACACCAAUGGUGGAAUCAGCCAUUUGAACCCUUAUAGCAGCGGAGAGACUUAUGAUUGCGUUUUAUAUUUUGGGAUUAUUGAUAUUUUGCAAGACUAUGAUAUUAGCAAGAAGCUUGAGCAUGCUUACAAGUCCUUGCAAGUUGACCCUACUUCAAUUUCAGCUGUUGAUCCAAAGCUAUACUCAAAGAGGUUUCGAGAUUUUAUAGGGAGAAUAUUCAUUGAAGAUUGGUAGCAGUGAGUAACCAGUGAGUACAAGAUCAAGCUAAAAUAUUUCCUCCUGAAGUUUGGAAAAUCUGCAAUGAAUCAUGAUCACAAAAAUCCAGGAAAAAUCUUUGGAAAUUUGAUACCACUUGCAGAAGCAGGACUAGAGUUGACUGUGAAACAUGUCACUCUGUGUUCAAGUGGGCCCUCAGAAUCUCACUUGAGUUGGAGUUGUUUCUUGGCUGAAUUUUAAAGAUACAGCCAUGAUGAUGCUGGAUCAGGGAAAAUUUGUAUAUGGAAAAUGUGUUCUAAGUUGAGAAUUUUUUUUUCUUAUAAAAUGGGAUGGGGUUUAUUUUUUGUGGUUACUUAAUAGGAUUAUGAAAAUGAGAUGGAAAAUAUAGUAGAGGGGUGAAGGGAAAUUGUUUCCCUAAGAUUAGAUUGAAAAAUGCUUGGAUAGUAGAAAAAUAAAAACAAUGUACAGUUGUUAUACAAAAAAGAUGGACGGAUAUUGGAAGGAAA